AUUUGAUGUGAAGUCACUUGGUGAGAGAAGUCAGACCUACAUUGCCAAGGAGUUUUUCUUUCUGCCUUAAUACUUUGCAGGAGUUUAGACAUCAUAAGUCUUAGACGCAAUCAUGGAAUCAAGGCAACUAAAUGAAGAUUUGAAUAAUGGGACCUCGAAUGAUAGCAACUGUGAUGUGUACAUCUGCCGCAACACAGCCAAAUUUCUUUUCCCAAUUUUUUACUUGGCUGUGUUUGUUGUUGGCAUAUUUGGAAAUGUACUAGUCCUUUACAUUACCUUUCAAAAACAGCAAAAGGUCAACUCGACAAGCCUUUACUUAAUCAAUCUAGCAGUUUCAGACACCUUGUUUGCUCUGGCCUUGCCUGGAAGAAUAACCUACUACAUCAGGGAGUUUGAUUGGCCUUUUGGUGAUUUAAUGUGCAGGAUUACCACUGUCAUAUUUUACACAAACACCUAUGUAGGCAUCGCAAUAAUGACUUGUAUAAGCAUUGACCGCUAUCUCGCGAUGGUCCACCCCCAUCAUCUCACAAAGCUUAGAAGAGUUGAGGUUGUGAGGAUAAUCUGUGGCCUUGUUUGGUUCUUGGUGUUUUGUCAGACAGCACCUCUGCUCCUCAAGGAAAUGGUGAGAACCGUGGAUGGCAAGGAAACAUGCAUGGAAUACUUCAACUUUGAAGCAUCUCCAAAACUGCCCUACCUGCUUUUGCUCGCCUGCACCAUCAGUUACUGCAUUCCUUUGGGGGUCAUUGUGUGCUGCUACACAAAAAUCAACCUGAAACUGUUCAACUCUGCAAAACACAAUCCAAUAACCAGCAGAUCUGGCCGCAAUAAAAGAGCCACCAACAUCAUACUUCUCAUCCUCAUUACCUUUGUACUGUGUUUCAGCCCCUACCACAUAAACAUCAUGCAGUUCAUGAUCAGGAAGAUUUAUUACCAGCCAACCUGUGAGGAACUUAAAGCCUUCAAAAUGUCUCUUCAGGUUACAGUGUCCAUCAUGAACAUGAAUUGUUGCUUAGAUCCAAUUAUCUACUUUUUUGCUGUGAAUAGCUACAAACAAAAGCUCAUGAGCUUGUUCAAGACCUACAUUUCCACAUCUACUUUUUCAUUAAAAACACCUUCUGACAGCAGCAGCAUUAGCUAAAUUGGCAUGUUUUGGCCUUAAUGCAGGUUUUGGCAAGUCAUCUAUCUCCUACCAGUCCCAGGAUCACUCUGCAGAUUGAACAAUGUCUGCACUCAAGAUGAACUAUUCAAGAACAUUUUGACAAAUUUCCAUGAAAAUAACCUUUAACAGUUUUUUUUUAAAACUGACAUCAGGAUAUUAUAUCAAAUCUAAAUUUCAAACUGAGGAAUUGAAAAUAAUUACUAUUUAAAAUAAGACAUGGAUACAAAGUUAGAUUUCUAAGCACAAUUCUAAGAUCACUUUUCCUACUGUACUUUAAUAAGCUGUUUGGAGUUUUUCUAUUUUAUUAAUGGAUGAAGGAAGAACCUGGUGUGACUAAAUUAAUGUUAAGGAUCGAGACAGAUUAACUAUAGGCUACAAGUUUCACUGAAGAGAUUAAAAUCUUUUGCUCUUCAAAAAGUAAAAUAAAAACACAAUUUAAUGCUUCCAUGCCUGCAAUUACAUUCUGUGAGCUGCUGAGAUUAUAUAUAUCUUGUUAUCUGACCUUUUCCAUAGGAAUAAUAACAUCAGAGAAAUCUUGAAAGAUGGGUGGGCUAUUCACUCUUAUAAACUGCUGGCUGCUGGUAACUCUGGCUUCUGUAUUGUAUGCAUGCUCACGUUUUUUGAGAAACUGAUUUUUGAACAUUUAUUAAGCUUAUCAGUUCAUUAGUGUAUAAGUCAUGAAUUAGCGAAUGUAAAUAAUAAUUGUAUGUUAAAGAUUCAGAUACAAAUUUAAAGUGAAUUUUGUCAUUUGGACUGAAUUUAGUAGUUUACAUUUUGUUUUUUUAGAUCACACAAAAAAAGACAUAAUUGCAUUUAUGUGACUGAUCUCGAUAUUAAUGUUCUUGUACCACUGUGCAAUUUAGAAAUAUGGCAAAGUUAAUAACAAUACAGUAAAAUGAGGUUGACUUUUCAGUAAAAUGAUGUUGCCUUAAUUUGUCUUAUAGUAAUAAGUCACGUUACAGUUGUAUUUUUUAAUACAAAAGUAUACUUUUGUAUAAAAUAUUCAUACAAUUAAGUAAGGUGUUGAAAUUGUACCGUCCUUGUUUUAAUGAAAUGUGAAACCUUUUCUAAAGGGCACUU